AUGGCCGCUCCACAUACCCACCAACCCGACAUUCUAGUCGAAGCCGAGUCGUUCGACGACUUUGGCGGUUGGGUAAUGGACUCUCAGUUCGACCUGGAGAUGGGCUCACCCUAUCUGCUUGCCCACGGGAACGGUGUGCCUGUCGCAGAUGCCACAACUGUUAUCGAUACACCACCCGGAUUAUAUCACGUUUGGGUGCGCGCGAAAGACUGGGUCCCUGGCCACCAUCCUGGGCGAUUUAAUCUAAUAGUCAACGGCAAAUCACUCCGCCCUGAGUUCGGUGCGAAUGGUCAAGAUUGGUCGUGGGAGUACGGGGGAUCUGUUCUACUCGGGGACAAGACGAAACUGGCAUUACACGAUCUGACUGGGUUCUGCGGGCGCUGCGAUGCUAUAUUCCUCAGUCGGGCCGGCGAAGCACCUCCACCGGAUGCAGAACAGGCAUGGAGACGAGCUCUCCGCGGGCUUCCUCAAACCCCAGUCGACAUGGGAAGCUUCGACGUGGUGGUCGUUGGCGGUGGAAUUGUUGGAUCUGCUGCCGCACUCGCCGCGGCACGCUUGGGUGAUCGUGUUGCACUUCUUCACAACCGGCCUGUCCUGGGUGGGAAUGGAAGUGUGGAAAUUGGGCUCCGACCGCGUGGCAUAACGGGACCUUUGAUUGAGGAGAUAUCCCAACGACACUCGAAUGGUGAUCUGCAUGCUGAGAGUCUACUGAGAGCGGAGACAACAGCAAGUGUAUUCUUGGAGCAUACGGUUUACAACACCAUCACUAGUAACUCACGUAUCCUGUCGGUGGAUGCACGCGAAGCACGAACUGGACGAGAGAUUCGCCUGUCUGCGGCCACCUUCAUUGAUUGCUCGGGAAAAUGUAUACUCGGCCUGCUGUCAGGAGCGGAGACCCUUUUCGGCCAGGAAUCAAAGAGCAAGUAUGGCGAAGGUCUCGCGCCAACCGAAGGUGACAACUACAUACACCAUGGCAACACGGUCUUCUUCCGGACAAAAAUGACAGACACCCCAGUGCCUUUCCCCAACGUACCAUGGGCCACUGAAGUAGCGAAGGACUACUCCAACCUUGGCGGCCAGCUUGUAAAGCCCGGUAUCGAGAAUGGACCAGGUCCUGUCGUACCUCCAAAAGGCGGCUUGGAUGCAUCAACUUCCCUCCGCCGUCGGAUGAAGGGCCCGCUCACUCAUUUCUGGGAGUAUGGCCAGCGAUUGGACCCGUACACACACGGCGAGCAUAUUCGGGACCAUCUCCUCCGAGCCAUUUAUGGUACAUUCUCGAAUGUCAAGGCCAAGCCCGAGUACAACAACCUCCAGCUCGAAUGGGUCGCCUUCGUUGCGGCUCAGGGGGAAUUCCACCGGUACAUGGGCGAUUAUAUUCUGACCGAAAACGAUAUCCGCAGCCACAAACAGUUCCCUGACGGAGUUGUCAAUAACGACGGGGCGUUCUGCCUCCACUAUCCUGGGGACGAGGAUGCAAAGUACGACUUCCGGCUCAAGUACUGGGAGUGGGAUGAGCGGGACAAACAGCCGUACGAAGUUCCCUUUCGCUGUCUCUACUCGAGCAAUAUAUCCAAUCUCAUGAUGGCGGGUAAGCAUAUCAGUGUUACGCAUGUCGCUGGCUCGAAUACGAAGUUUAUGGGUAAUGGUGGGCAGCAUGCUAUUGCCACUGCGGCGGCUGCUCAUCUGUGUAAGAAGUACAAGACGGCGCCUCGGGGAAUGCGGAACCAUUUGCAGGAGCUUAAGGAAUUAUGCUCCCGAUUUACUGGCCUGGAUGGUACAAACACCGGUGAUGGCUCCAUCAAGUCCAGGACCAAGCUUUGA